AGAACCUCUUGAUCGACCCUUUCUCACCUUAAAUCGACUGCAGUGUGAUCAUACAACCCCCUCUUCUCGACCAGACCACACAUCUCUCCAUAUGCAGAACCGUGCCAUGGCCAACAAGCUGAUGAUUUUGCUGGUCUCUCUCGCGCUCGUAUUGGCCGCCGCGGCCGCCACGACGACGCACCUUCGGUUCUACAUGCACGACAUCGUGACGGCCUCGCCGCCAUCGUACCCGGCAGCGACGGCGCUGCGGGCAGUCAAGGGCAUGACGCCACUGCCCAACGACCCCACCAACCGCUUCGGGGACACAUACGUCAUCGACGACUCGCUGACGGAGGGUCCUGAAGGGGACUCUCGCCUCGUCGGAAGGGCGCAGGGGUAUUAUAUGUUCGCGUCAAUGACGGAAGCGUCGCUGCUACUCAGCGCCAACAUGGUGUUCACAGCGGCCGCUGGGAAGAACUACAACGGCAGCGCCGUGGCCGUGCUCGCUAGGGACUCCAUCCUCGACACCGUCAGGGAGCUGCCGGUCGUCGGUGGCACCGGCGCGUUCCGUGGGGCGACGGGUUAUGGGCUCCUGCGGACGCACUCCUUCAACGCCUCCUCCAACAAUGCUGUGCUCCAGAUCGACAUGUACGUGCAGGUGUAAAGCGCUAUGCACCGCACGUACGUUAAUUUGUGCUGUAUGUGUGCGCAUUUGCAUGAGGGCGUUGCGUGCAAGAUUAGUAUGCAGGCCUCUUAUGAUCAUUUUAAUAUGUAUCGAUGCCUCCUCUAGAAGGCUUGGGCUGAUUUGUUGGACCUGAGGUUAUGUCAACCAGUGAGUUUGUUCUGAUGAAUUUAGAAAAAUAAAUGCAGCAUCACAGUACUGAGCUUACA